GCGUGCAGCCAUGAUAGGGCAAAUGCUCUACUGUCGUUGCAAUGAAUAUUCCCUAAAUGCAACUACAUCAGGAUACACCAUGGAGGAAGGAAUAGUCGUGUAGAUGCUCAAUUAUAUUCACAGCAAGAACUACUCGGAGAUCGCUAGAUAUCGACGAGAUUUCUAAAGUAUCUUGGCUAUUCAUUGUAAGCCGCGAUUUUGGGGUGUUUAAUGAUCUAUCAUAUAACGACUGCAACAUCUUGGACACUAAAAGGUUCCGUGAGCAAAGAUGGAUGAAAUUGGGAUAACCUCAUGGUCAAGCAUAUUCUAACUGUGCCUAUCUCAGCAGCAGCAUGAACGGUGAACCCAGGAUGCGUCAACUCAAGAGAAUCAGACAGCUAUUUGUGUUAUGUGUGAUAAUGAUUGCUGUGUAUGUAGUGACUUUUGGAAUCGACACGGCUAUCGAUUGCUACCAGUUUUGUCAAGGAAAGACAUGCUUUAGUUCUCGGCUGACGAUACUUGUUUACCGGGACAAUGUCAGUCCAAAGGAAAUGGACUUUCUACAGAACUUCCGUCUUAACGUUGGCUACUAUAAAUAUGCUACUGACCACUUGUCAGGGCGAUAUGAUCCAGAAUCGUGCUCCAUGGAGGAAUACUUCUCUCAGUUUACGACUAUCCCGGCAUAUAACAACUGUGCAAUUGUGGGCAACAGUGGGAUUCUACUCCACAGCAAUUGCGGGAAUGAAAUCAACUCUUAUGACUACGUGAUCCGCGUCAACUUGCCAGCCAUCCAAGGCUAUGAGGAGGAUGUGGGCUUCAAAACAAACCUGACGCUUUUGAACUUUGAGACGCUCGUGUACCUCCACAGCAACCUGACCCAGAAGGAACUUGGGGACGAGUUCCACGACAUGUACGUGAAGAGGGUCCUGUUCCUGAACGAUUCCGUGCUGUGGUAUGGGAAAUCCAUGGGUCCUCGAGAGACCAGGAAGCGGCUACAGCAAUCGGUGGAAAUCCUGAAGGGGACCUACAAACUGCCAGUUCGGAUUGGCUUCAACUGGAGACCACUGCACCCAGAGAAAUUUGUGGGCAUGAAACGCCUUGCUACAUCUGGCUUCAUGGCAUAUUACGCAGCCAAGUCGUUCUGUAGUCACGUCACACUCUAUGGUUUCUAUCCAUCCAGCAAGGAUGCACGUGGGUUCCACUUGCCACACCAUUAUUAUGAAGACGUCCCUUAUGAAUACAGCAACCCCAUCCAUGACCUCCUCUGGGAGUUCCAGAAAUACCGGGAAUACGCAUCGGAGGGAAAGCUUCACCUGGUGACGGAGAAGUGCGCAGACAGCACAGACAGGGACGAGACAAGAUGGGCAAAUCAGGACCGGGAGAAACCCAUAGGGGAUUUGAUAUGGUUCAAACAGAGGAAGCCAUGAUGGUCAGGACUUUCUCGACACAAAG